GACUGGGAGUGGCGCUUCUGGUUGCCAGGGGAACAGCGUUCCCGUCUCUUUGGAUCGCUCUCUUCUCCCGCCUGUGAAGAAGCUGAGGCGAUGGGAAAGGCCGCUCCCUUUCGGGGUGAAAUGGGGGCGUUCAGAGUGCCAGCGGCGGACUUCUGUGUUUUCAGUGCUCUGGUGACUGGUUACUAGCUGCGAGUCCGGCCGAAAGGGUGUCAAUGGAUAUUAUAAAAGGAAACCUAGAUAAAAUUUCAAAACCAGCCUCAAGUUCAAGGACACGUCCUGGAAGCAGGAGUUCAAGUGCUUCUUUAGAGGUGCUCUCGCCAGAACCAGCACCCUGCAAGGUUGAAACUGAAAGCAAGUUAAAUUCUGGUAAAGAGGACCACUCAGAAGGCAGUAAUGCAGAGGAAAGGAGAGACAGUAAGGAUGAUGAAAGCACAGACUACUCUGGGAAAAUAAAACUGUCCAAAGAGGGAUCAAAUGAAGAUCUGAACUUGGUUCAACAUCAGAUAAUCCCUAAUUCAGAUGAAACCAAAUUAAAAGAAUUAGAUUCUCAACUUCAAGAUGCUAUUCAUAAAAUGAACAGACUUGAUAAAAUAUUGGCCAAGAAACAAUACAGAGAAAAAGAAAUUAAGAAGCAAGGUCUAGAAAGGCGAGUAAAGCUCUGGGAAGAACUUAAGUCUGCAAAAAAUAGCGAAGCUUUGCGAAGUAGUGAGGAGAUGGAAAAUACAAAGAAAUUUUUAUCUUUGACUGCUGCACCUGAACAGACUGUUGGUCCCUCUCGUUCUGAAGAUGAAGACACCAUUUUCUCAGUGUUUCAUACUCAAGUCCCUCCGGAACAUUAUGAAAAUGGUACGCAAAAUGUCAAUCAGGUCCCUCCAGGACAUUAUGAAAAUGGUUUGCAAAAUGUCAAUCAGGAUUUUACCUAUGAUGUGGAAAGGAAUGAGUCAUUGAUCAAAGCAGAAAAGAAACCUUUCUCAAAAACAGAAAAGAUUGAGCUCAGGGGUAAACACAACCAGGAUUUUGUUAAGCGAAACAUUGAGCUAGCCAGGAAAUCCAGAAGCCCAGUGCCUAUGAGUGACACAGAAAAGAAGAGGCUGGAAGAACUUUUGAAGGACAUAGACGAUAGAGAUUUGGGGCUGUCCGGUUCUGAGGGUGACCGCUGUGGUUGGCUGGUCCCAGGAGAAGGAUAUACACUUGCUGCCAGCGAGCAUGAGCAGCUUGCUGAAAUUGACACAAAACUCCAAGCACUCUCUGCAGUCCCGCUGACAGCUUCCAGCUUUUCUCCAAGACUUGAAAAUGAGAGUGAUCAGGAAGCUGACCUUGAUAAUGAAAGAAAUGUGGAAGCAGCGCCAGGAGAGCAGGUACUUCGAAACACUAAAGAGCAGCGGGGUCAGAAACAUCGGCUGAGAGAGAUAGAUGAAAAGCUGAGGAAGAUCAAGGAAAGCGUGGCGUGGAUAGUGAAUACUCACUUGAGGAGUCAUGACACCAAGAUGCUGGAAGACAGACCAUCAGAACUGGGAGGUUCUCUCUCUCUAUUAUAUUCCACAUCACGUCUCUCUGAUGAACAGUUAAAGUGUCUUCUGGAUAAGUACACAUUCGAACAGAAAUCCAUCGCUGGAUGGAUUUCCAAAAAAGAAAAUGAAGGCAUUGAGGAUAAGACACCUGACUUCCCCCAACUUUCCGGAUCUGUCCUGUCAGAGUUACUAAAUGGAUCAGAAGCAAAAGUCCAGAAUACAGAGGUGGAAGAUGGAAACAUGCAUGAGAAUGCAGAAUGUGAAGGUUCUGUGGGUUAUUACCUCACUAAAGCCUUGGCUGGGCAUUUUAUGUCAGAAGCUUUUGUCAUCGAAGCAGAGAAAAUGAAGUGCCACCAGUUUUCCAAAAACGAGGUUUUUAGUGAAACAGAAGACUAUUUUAUGUCAAAGACUGUUGGCAUCGGGAGAUUGCAGAGGCCCUCUUUCUUGGAUGAUCCACUGUAUGGUAUCAGUAUGAGCCUUUCAUUGGAAGACCAGCACCUGAAACUCAGUCCUCCCAAGGAACCAACACCAGGUCUAGAGGCCAGUAGUCUGAAACCAAGGCGUCACCAAGGCCGCUCGCUCUGCCGGGAGGCUCUCAGGCUGAAUGCUUUACUGCACCUUCCGGUUUCUCGUGGCUGUCAGCAUCCCUGAGCCUCUUUGGUGACCACAGCACUUCGUCUGCCGCCAUUUUCACACCGCCUCCCUGCAUGUGUGCAUUUAUCGGGCUCCCUCUGCAUUUUUCUUAUAAAAACACUUAUUAGCGAAUUUAGAGCUCACCCAGCUAAUAGAAUAUGAUAUCCUAAAGAUCCUUUAAUUUAGUUGGAUCUGCAAAGAUCUUUUUCCAAAAUAAAGUAAAAUGCACAAGUUCCAGAGAUUGGGAAAGAUGUGGGCAUUAAUUUUAUGCAGUUACAGUCCAAUAAUACCGUAUAAUUCACCCCAUUUAAGUAUGUACAAUUCAGUGGAUUUUAGUAUAGAGUUGUACAAACUUUACCACAAUCAAUUUUAUAUUUUCUUCACCUUCCAAAGAAACAUUGUAUCCAUUAGUUAUCACUCCCUAUUUUCCCUACCCUAAACCCCUCCUGUAGGCAAUUGCUAAUCUAUUUUUCUGUCUCUAUGAAUUUGCUUACUCUGGAUAGUUCAUGAAAGUGAAUUUGUGAGGUCACAAUAUUGUGACCUCUUGUGCUGGCUUUUUACACACUGCAAAUGUUUUCAAGAUUUAUGUUGAAAUCUUGAAAUGGUGUAGCAUGCAUCAGUACUGUUUAUUUUUAUUACUGAAUAAUAUUCUACUGCAUGGACAUACCACAUUUUACUUAUCUGAUCUAGCUGACAGAUGUUUGGGUUGUUCCACUUAUUAGCUAUUACCUAUGUUAAUGUGAAUAUUUGUGUGUUACAAGUUUUUGUGUAGAUGUAUGUUUUCAUUUCCCUUGGGCUACCUCAGGAAUGGAAUUGCCACAUCUGUUAUAACCUUUUGAUGAACUACCAGACUGUUUGCUGGAGAUAUUAUACCAUUUUACAUUUCACAGGUUUCUCCUCCUACUUUUUAUUGUCUUCUUUUCUUUGGUUCUGUUGUCAAUUCUGCCUUCUCUGUUAACUUUCUCACUAAGGGCAGAAAAAUAUUGGCAUUUCACUUCUCUUAUUGUCAUAAGACAUAAAUGAUAAUUUGCUGUCAUCUACCUUACAUGUAGCAUUUACUUUUGCUUCCAUCUCACUUCCUAGAAAUUCAGUUGAAAGCACAGAAAAAAAAUGAAAUCUGUCUUUAAAUCCACAGUCAUUUUUACUCUCAAAACUCAAGUUUUUUCUGAGCUGCUAAGCUCAAUCAGGACAGACACCUUAUAUUUUGAAUUUACUUAUAAACUCUAUGUGCAGCUUAAUAAAUAGUAACUAAGAAUAUGAUUAUUGUAUAUGUGUAAAAUGAUUCAAUGUUUAAUAAACUGAAUUAGUUUUCUAAAUUAUGUACACAUUUCUGAUUCUUUAAUAACUUUGGUUAUUAUU